AUCGUCGUCAUGUACUUUGAGCAAUUCCAAUGAUGCUUGCUUGAUUACCGCUUGAACACACUCAGUUCCUCAUUGUUCGUUGUUUUCCGAGCUACGGUUCGCUUACGUAACACCCAAAGUUCACAGGCGCGACUGGACAUCAUGCCAAGCCAAUAUGUCGAAACUCCAUCAAUGAUACUCCAAGACGCCAACUCUACGAUAUGAUCGUGCCAUAGAUCACUGUGUCUCCAUUCACGAAUCUUCGCAGCUGUCAUGUCCUACAAACGCCCGAGAGCGACCUCGCCCUCUGGCGCCCAGAAGCGCCCUCGUGGUGCAGGCGCAACCCCAAGCACCAUCACAUUAGGCACGGAACUGCCCCCGGACGAAGAUGGCGAUGACGGAACUUUCGUGCCAGUCUGGAAGCAGACCGUGACCGACGAGCGCGGCCGCAGAAGGCUGCACGGUGCAUUUACGGGUGGCUUCAGUGCAGGAUACUUCAACACAGUUGGAUCUAAAGAAGGAUGGACACCCAAAGCCUUUGUCUCUUCGCGAUCGAAUCGCAACAAGGACACCACCCAACGCGCCGAAGAUUUCAUGGAUGAAGAGGACAAAGCUGCAGCUGCAGAAUCUCGUGAGCUCGAGACAGCUCAGUCUUUCGCAACGAUUGGACGCGUUGGAGACAGUCAGAAUGACGCCCUGUUCGGUCUUUUUGUGACGGAGGAGGAGACAAUGGGUGUGAAGAUUGCUCAAAAGAUGGGUUGGCGGCGAGAUCAAGGUGUAGGCCGAAAGGUCCGCAGGCCUGCUUGCUCGGAUGAUGCCGCGGGAGCAACAGCUCAUACAUUCGCCCCCAAAGACUCUCGCAUGAUGUCUGCCGCUCGGGAAGAAGUCAAUCGCAAGGGCCUAGGGUACCAAUCCGAGGCACGUCUAGGAGCGACAGAAGAGAGGGAGCCUGAGGACCGACCGAUGCUCGCACUGCCAUGGCUGGAAGGGCCAUCCAAGACGAAAGCGCCUAAGAAGGCUGCACCGAAGAAGUCCUCGUUUGGAGUCGGCGUUCUGAACGACACAGGCUCGGACGAUGAAGAUCCGUAUGAGCUCGGACCCAGGAUCAAGUUCAACAAGUCACUGGGAAAGGACAAGAAACCCAAGAAACCAAGCAAAUUCGCCAAAGCUGGAGUAGAGGGGAUUGUGUUCAAGCCGAAGAAAGCGUCUGGAGAGACAUCCGCACGCCCCCAGCUCUCACACGAUGGCAAGCCUCCUUUGCCAGGCUUCGUCCUGGCCACACAUAUCAUCGAAUUGACGAUCAAGAAGAGAUACCCGCCUCCCAAGAUACCCUCUGGAUGGAUAUCGUCGAAAUCUAGUGCCGAGCCAGCAAACACCAAAAGCCGACAGUCCAUUUCUGAUGCCGCGAGAUCUUCCACUCUGGACGCGAAGGCCCGAGCAUCCCUCUUAGGCGAGAAACUGCUCCCUGGGAAAUCCGUGUUCGACUUCAUCCCAAAAGAUGUUCGAGAUCGACUUGCAACCAUGACUGGCAAGGUCAAUCUCCCUCAAGGGCGUGGAGAAGGUGCCCCCGAGGGCUUUCAAGACCCUAACAGCACGAAGCCAAAAGACCUGUGGACGUUCGUCCCCAUCCUUGACAAGGGCACCGCAGCUGCCGCUUUGGCAAAAGGCGCGACAGGCUGGAUGCCCUACGCAGAAGACCCCAACAAAAGAGCCCGCUAUGUCAGCUUCCUCGAACUCCGCGCCGGGCUGAAAGCCGACCUCCCAGAGCGCGCGGAGAAAGCAUCCGUAUCCGAGUGGGCCAAGGAGUUGCAAGAAUUCGCUCACGCCGCGGAGGUCUUCAAGCCCACGACCGGUCUCAUGGCCUCGCGCUUCACAUCCUCGACAUCAACCAGCCUGCCCGGCAGCGGCAGCGGCAGCUCCACGCCCAACGAGAACCUCCUCCGCAAACCGGCACCCAGGCCGCAAGACCCCGCAGAGCAGGCCGCAAAGUUGGGAAUGUACGGCCCCAUGACGCGCAGCACGUUCCCGUUUUACCCCUCGCGGCUCCUCUGCAAGCGCUUCAACGUUAAGCCCCCGCCAGACAUGCCUCCCGCUGAUGCUGAUGUCGACGGCGCAAGCUUCGGAGGCAGAACAGAGGAAGCCGUGUCGAAGUCUGCGAUGGAUAAGAUGGUACACGAGGUGCUGUCCAAGGGGGCGCCGGCACUGCAGAGGCCUGCGUGGAUGGGCGCGACGCCAGAGGAGUCCCCGAAGGCUUCUGGGGCGAGUCCGGUAGCGCCAGAAGGAGGACAUGCAACUGUGGAUGUGGAGAGGAACGAUGCUUUGACGCAGGAGCGGGCGCCUGAGGAUGUGUUUAAAGCCAUCUUCGGCGAUGACGACGGCGAUGACGACUGAGUGCUAUGUGCUGAGGGGGAAAAGGAACAGUAUGCGUAUUUAAUAAAAGAUGUCUAUCAUCCCAUGCCCACCCUUCGAGAUUUACAGGGCAAAUAGGUGGAAUUAAAUCAACC